AUGGGACAUUGGAGAAACAUCUUUACGGCCGAUCCUGGUAGGACCCGACACCGCGUCGAGGUGGAACGUCGUCGACUGCUACCGGCCUAUGCUGCCGAUGAGUCUGACGCAUCUGGUGCUUCAAAGGAAAUUGCCAAGGUUGCUCUUCGGUUGAAGUAUCAAAUUGAGCAGGUUGUCUCCUGCGAAGUGCAAGAGAAUGUCUUGACCGACCCAAACAGCCGCAUCAUCACGGACGAUGUGGUUGAGACUGCCAAAAAGGCUGGUGGGGACGAAUACAAAGCAUGCGUUGUUUAUUGUCUUCUGGUCUGUCUGCGAUGGUUCAAGAUUCAGUCCUCUGUCGAGCUUUGGGAUUCCGAUCUUCACGAGGUUCGGGCUGUGGCUUGCGAGGUCAUCGCCAAGCGCAUUAUCGAAUCCGAGCAGAAUCAAGAUUACGUACUGAAAGAUAUUUUACUCAAGCGUUACUCUAUCUUCAGUGAAGGGGUGGAGACUGAUCCCGCCAAUGUCAUUGAAAGAGCGGUAGAUCUCCAUGCCUUGAGGGUUAUCAGCUCUGCCCCGUACCAGAGAUGCAUCCAGUACCUGUGGAGGGGUUGGAUCUGUCAGGAAGAAGGCAACCCAACUAACUUUGUCGAAUACAGUGAGAAGUCUAACACCGGAUAUUGGGUUCAUUUCCAUCCUGAUCGGAUGCGGACUCCUCUGUAUCAGAAUGUCUGCCAAAUUUUGUUCUCCUUGAUUUACCUUGCGAUUUAUACGGCAGUUAUCAAUACCGUGAACCCAACCGGUGACGUGGAUGUGGCCGAGGCCUUUCUUUACGGUAUGACCCUUGCGUUCAUCUGCGACGAGGGGGUCAAGUUUUGGAAGGUUGGAUGGAACUACCUCGAAUUCUGGAAUGCCUUCAACUCAACCCUCUACGCCAUCCUAGCGGUUUCACUUAUCUUCCGCUUUAUUGCCUUGGCACACUCAUCCUCGACCCACGAUGAACAACGGCGGCUGUACAACGAGCUCAGCUACAACUUCCUGGCUUUUGCAGGUCCUAUGUUUUGGAUGCGCAUGAUGCUAUAUCUUGACUCGUUCCGCUUCUUCGGUGCUAUGUUUGUGGUUCUUCGAGUCAUGAUGAAGGAGAGCUUGAUAUUCUUUGCUCUCUUAUUUGUGGUUAUGGCUGGUUUCUUCCAGGCCUUCGUCGGGAUGGCCCAAGUGGAUGCCGACAUCCCCCUCCACCGAAAUAUUCUCCAGGGAAUGGUCAACAGUAUAAUGCAGAGUCCUGAGUUCGACACUUUCCAGGAUUUCGCAUUUCCCUUUGGCAUCAUCCUCUACUAUGUUUUCAACUUCAUUGUUAUGACUGUUUUGUUGAAUAUUCUUAUCGCCUUGUACAACAGCGCAUAUGAAGAUAUCUCUGGCAACGCCACGGACGAGUACAUGGCCAUCUUCGCGCAAAAAACCAUGCAGUUCGUCCGCGCUCCAGAUGAGAAUGUCUUCAUCCCGCCCUUCAACCUUGUUGAGAUUCUGUUUCUGAUAGCCCCAUUCGAAUGGUGGCUUUCACGGGAGGCCUAUGCCAAGCUGAAUGAUCUUGUAAUGGGUGUGAUAUAUUCGCCUCUGCUUGUCGUUGCAGCCUGGGUUGAGACCCGUCAAGCGCACCGGAUUCGGUGGAAUCGUCGCCAUGGCGAAGAAGACGAUGAUUGUGCUCAAGAAUGGGAGCAUGUGGCUAAGGAUGUCAAUUUUGAUCUUGACGAUACUUGGAAACAGCAUGUGGUAGAGACCACGCCCGAUAUCAAGGUUGAUAGUUGUACAUAUGAACUUAGAGAGCUGCAGGAGCAGGUUAAGAUGCUGACUGAGAUGGUGAAAGGGUUGACUCAGGAGAUAGCGAACAAGAAGCGUGUCGAGCGGCGAAUCCUCUGGAACCAAAAUUGCAAGGUGGAAGGUGGCUUCAUCUACGAAUCUGGGCAUUUUCUCGAUUGGAUCUUAUCAUUGCUUUCCGGCUUCAUUGCCACCAUGGCAAAGCUCGUGGACGACCCUCAGAUCCAUACUGCCUCGUUGCAUAACCCGAUCCCUUGGCAAUUGCACACAUAUGUCUGGCCUUUCGUGAUCAUCUGGCCCGUGUUCUUCGCUUUCUACCUCUCCCCCGAGCGUUAUGAUACCUAUAUUCAGGGACAGGAGUGGACCUUCGUGUUCGCGGGGUCCAUCAUCACCAUUCAGUCGCUCUUUUGGCUGAUGACCAAGUGGAACAUUGAUAUCCACACCCUAUUCACUACCACUCGCGCCAAGUCUAUCGACACUGCCCGGCUUAUCAAAGUUGUUCCCAUCACUAACGCUGGCUCUGCCGAGAUUUGCAAAUUGAUUUAUGAGACCACCGGCCCGAAGAAGACCCUUUCGUUCCUCUUCCAGAAGCGCCGCUUCCUCUUUUACCCCGAGACCCGCACCUUUGCACCCUUAUCUUACGUCCUUGAUGCCGAACCAAAGCCGGCCCUUGAGACUUUCCAAUUGAACGAGGGCUUCACGUCCAAGGCCGAGAUUGACCGCAUCUACCACCACUAUGGCGAUAACACCUUUGAUAUUCCCGUUCCUGGCUUCCUUGAGCUCUUCCAGGAGCACGCUGUCGCGCCGUUCUUUGUCUUCCAGAUUUUCUGUGUUGGAUUGUGGAUGUUGGAUGAAUACUGGUACUACUCGCUCUUCACGCUCUUUAUGCUCGUCAUGUUUGAAAGCACCGUUGUGUGGCAGCGCCAGAGGACCUUGAGUGAGUUCCGCGGAAUGAGCAUCAAGCCUUACGACGUUUGGGUAUACCGUGAACGGAAAUGGCAGGAGAUCACCAGCGAUAAGCUUCUUCCCGGUGAUUUAAUGUCAGUGAACCGCACCAAGGAGGAUAGUGGCGUUGCCUGCGAUAUUCUUCUAGUUGAAGGCAGUGUCAUUGUGAACGAGGCCAUGCUUUCUGGCGAGAGUACACCUCUUUUGAAAGACUCCGUCCAGCUCCGUCCUGGCGCUGACUUGAUUGAACCGGAUGGAUUGGAUAAGCUCUCGUUUGUGCAUGGAGGUACCAAGGUCCUCCAAGUUACUCACCCUAAUCUCACUGCCGACUCGGGUUUGAAGAACUUGUCCAGCAACGUUACUAUGCCCCCAGACAAUGGUGCUUUAGGUGUGGUUGUUAAGACCGGUUUCGAAACCAGCCAGGGUAGCCUCGUCCGGACCAUGAUCUACUCGACUGAACGCGUCUCUGCCAACAACGUUGAAGCUCUAUUGUUUAUCCUCUUCCUUCUUAUUUUCGCAAUUGCCGCUUCAUGGUAUGUGUGGCAAGAGGGUGUGAUCCGGGACCGCAAACGCUCCAAGCUUCUACUUGACUGUGUCCUUAUUAUCACUAGUGUUGUUCCCCCUGAACUGCCUAUGGAACUGAGCUUGGCCGUCAACACUAGUCUUGCUGCUUUGAGCAAGUAUGCCAUUUUCUGCACUGAGCCUUUCCGUAUCCCCUUCGCUGGUCGUGUUGACAUCGCUUGCUUCGACAAGACUGGUACCCUGACUGGAGAGGACCUUGUUGUUGAUGGUAUUGCUGGACUCACUUUGGGUCAGGCUGAUUCGAAGGUUGAAGCUGAUGGUGCCCACACUGAAUUGGCUACUUCCGCUGCUGUUGGACCCGACACCACGCUCGUUCUCGCCAGUGCUCACGCCUUGGUGAAGCUGGAUGAGGGUGAGGUCGUCGGUGACCCCAUGGAAAAGGCUACUUUGGAAUGGCUUGGCUGGACUCUGGGCAAGAACGAUACCCUGUCUUCUAAGGGCAACGCUCCCGUUGUCUCCGGUCGCAACGUCGAGUCUGUUCAAAUCAAGAGAAGAUUCCAGUUCUCCUCAGCCCUGAAACGCCAGAGUACUAUCGCCACCGUUACAACCAAUGACCGCAAGACUUCCAAGAAGGUCAAGUCCACGUUUGUGGGUGUCAAGGGUGCCCCCGAGACCAUCAACUCUAUGCUGGUCAACACACCGCCCAACUACGAAGAAACCUACAAGCACUUCACCCGCAAUGGUGCUCGUGUGCUUGCUCUUGCAUACAAAUACCUUUCAUCUGAAUCCGAGCUUUCCCAGGGCCGCGUCAACAACUACGUCCGCGAAGAGGUUGAAUCCGAGCUGAUCUUUGCUGGUUUCCUUGUCCUGCAGUGCCCCCUGAAGGAUGAUGCCAUCAAGUCUGUCCGCAUGCUGAAUGAAAGCAGCCACCGUGUUGUCAUGAUCACUGGUGAUAACCCGUUGACCGCUGUUCACGUCGCACGCAAGGUUGAGAUUGUUGACCGUGAGGUUUUCAUCCUUGAUGCCCCCGAACACGACAACUCUGGAACUAGGAUUGUCUGGCGUACCGUUGACGAUAAGCUCAAUAUCGAUGUCGAUCCCACUAAGCCUCUCGACCCAGAGAUUCUGAAGACUAAGGACAUCUGUAUCACUGGAUAUGCCCUGGCAAAGUUCAAGGACCAGAAGGCUCUCCCUGAUCUGCUCCGUCACACCUGGGUUUAUGCUCGUGUGUCUCCCAAGCAAAAGGAAGACAUUCUUCUCGGUCUCAAGGACGCUGGAUACACCACUCUGAUGUGCGGUGAUGGCACCAACGAUGUUGGUGCUCUGAAGCAGGCUCACGUCGGUGUUGCGCUUCUGAACGGCUCGCAAGAUGAUCUAACUAGGAUCGCUGAACACUAUCGGACCACCAAGAUGAAAGAACUGUACGAGAAGCAGGUCAGCAUGAUGCAAAGAUUCAACCAGCCCGCCCCUCCAGUUCCUGUUCAGAUCGCUCACCUGUACCCCCCCGGUCCUUCCAACCCACACUACGAGAAGGCUAUGGAACGGGAGUCGCAGCGCAAGGGUGCCGCGAUUACCGCUCCUGGCGCAACCCCCGAAGCUAUCCCAACUAUCACGUCUCCUGGCGCUCAGGCCUUGCAGGAAUCAAACUUGACCCCCCAGCAGCAGAAACAGCAGAAGGCCCAGGCUGCCGCAGCUGGCCUUGCAGACAAGCUUACAGCUUCUAUGAUGGAACAGGAGCUGGAUGACAGUGAGCCUCCCACUAUCAAGUUGGGUGAUGCUUCAGUCGCUGCUCCCUUCACCAGCAAGUUGGCCAACGUUAUUGCUAUCCCGAAUAUUCUUCGUCAAGGUCGUUGCACCCUAGUUGCGACUAUUCAGAUGUACAAGAUUCUUGCUUUGAACUGCUUGAUCAGUGCCUACAGUCUGAGUGUCAUCUACCUGGAUGGUAUUAAGUUCGGUGAUGGACAGGUCACCAUCAGCGGUAUGCUGAUGAGUGUCUGCUUCCUUUCUAUUUCCCGCGCUAAGUCUGUCGAGGGUCUGUCUAAGGAGCGCCCCCAGCCGAAUAUCUUCAACGUCUACAUCAUUGGAUCUGUUCUUGGACAAUUUGCUAUCCACAUUGCGACUUUGAUCUACCUCUCGAACUAUGUCUACAAGCACGAGCCGAGAGAUUCCGAUAUUGACCUGGAGGGCGAGUUUGAGCCUUCCCUCCUGAACAGUGCCAUCUACCUCCUUCAGCUGAUCCAGCAAAUCUCCACCUUCUCUAUCAACUACCAAGGUCGUCCCUUCCGCGAGUCUAUCCGCGAGAACAAGGGCAUGUACUGGGGUCUUAUCGCCGCAUCGGGUGUUGCAUUCUCCUGCGCCACCGAGUUCAUUCCUGAGCUGAAUGAGAAGCUGCGCCUUGUUCCCUUCACCAAUGAGUUCAAGGUGACUCUGACCGUGCUGAUGAUCUUCGAUUACGGUGGCUGCUGGUUGAUUGAGAAUGUUCUCAAGCACUUCUUCAGUGACUUCCGUCCUAAGGACAUUGCUCUUCGUCGUCCCGACCAGCUUAAGCGCGAGGCGGACCGUAAGUUGCAAGAGCAAGUCGAUGCUGAGGCUCAGAAGGAGCUGGAAAGAAAGGUUUAG